AUGCAAAAUCAAUCGAGACCAGAGAUACGCAUAAUCAUUCUUAAUUAUGGUGAAAAUCUCGAAAAAUCAGUAUUUCGUCUUCAGAAAGGUUGGAGAGUUCGAUUCUUUCGUGGUGCGAGCCUUCUUGGACGAAAGGUUGAUAUUAGUACAACAAUUUCUGGUAGAAUUACUUGGCAAAAGGAAACAGACGAAUUUGCAGCGUAUGCAGAAGUGAAAUGUGAACAGUCUGGUGCUUUCUCGUAUCAAUUUACUGUAGACAAUGAAAGUAAACCAGCUGGCAGUGGUUACCUUCUCGUGAUGCCUAAUUUAACAUUGAAUAAGAAACCGCUACUUCUGAAUGCAGUCACUUGUAUUACUCAUCUUUCCAAACUUCUUGGCUCUUUUGAUACAUGGAAAGAAGUACUGAAAGUAGCAGCUAAAGCAGGUUACAAUAUGAUACACUUCACUCCAGUGCAAUUGCUUGGAGUCUCAAAUAGCAGCUACAGUAUUGCCGAUCCAAGAAAAUUAAACCCAAAUUUCAAUACUGUAGAAAAGCAAUUUACAUACGAUGAAUUGGCAGUAUUAAUUAAAGAACUGGAGACGGAAUACAAUUUAUUGUCAAUACAAGAUGUUGUGUGGAAUCAUGCAGCUCGAAAUGCUUUAUGGCUUGAAGAACAUCCAGAGUGUGCUUACAACUUGAAAAAUAGUCCACAUCUGAGGCCAGCUUACGUUCUGGAUCGUCUCCUUUACCACUUUGGAAAUGACAUCAUGGAAGGAAAGUAUAAACACAAAAAUCUUACUUCUGAUAUUAAUAAUGACGAGCAUUUAAGGAUUCUAAUUGAUGUUCUAAAAAAUGAAAUACUACCACAAUUGCGCUUGCAUGAAUUUUUUCAAGUUGAUGUCGAUGAAUUGGUAGCAAAAUUCGACGAAUUCGUAAAAGAGGGACCAUGUACUGAGGUACUGGACGAUAAAAAUGAUGUCGGUGAUGACGAGCUAAAUCGACGAUGCAAAUGUAUAGAGGCAUUUCGGUCUCAUCUAUACUUUCUAAACAAUAAAGCAUUUGAAACUGCUGCAGAAAUUCAAGAAAAUAUCAUUAAUGCAGUAGCUGGGCAUGUUCGGUAUGAAAGAAUUGACUGGUAUGGUCUACGUCGACCCAAAUUAACUUCAGAUUCUCCUCUUCUUACUCAAUAUUUUGUGCAACUUUUUCCAUCGACUUCAUGGCAAGAUGAAGAAAAAUUAUCGUAUAAUGAUGUAACAGCGGAAAAAAUAAUGGCGUGUAAUGGUUGGGUUUAUCUAAUGCGACAUUUAGUGUGUUGGGGGGAUUCCGUUAAGCUUAAUUAUGGUGAAAAACCUAACGAUUGUCCAUAUUUAUGGGAUUUAAUGAAAAGCUACACACAACAAUGCGCGAAAAUCUUCCAUGGUUUACGCAUAGAUAAUUGUCACAGUACGCCAAUACACGUUGCUGAAUAUCUUUUGAAAGCUGCUCGUGAAAUUCGACCUGAUCUUUACGUCACAGCAGAAUUGUUUACCCAAAAUGAAGAAAUUGAUAAUAUUUUUGUCAAUCGACUUGGAAUAACAUCGUUGAUACGAGAAGCUCAAAGUGCUCCAAUAAGUUAUGAACAAGGUCGUUUGAUAUACCGCUUUGGAGGAGAUGUAUUCGGUGGGUUCAUUCAAAAACCUGUUCAAGAUGCGGUUUCUUCUGUUGCACCCGCAUUAUUAUUCGAUCAAACUCAUGACAACCCAUCAGCUAUUCAAAAACGCUCUAUUUACGAUUGCUUGCCAACAGCAGCGAUGUUGGCGAUGGCAAGUUGUAGCAUUGGAAGUAACAGAGGAUACGACGAACUAGUACCUUAUCAAAUUAGUGUUGUUGACGAAAAACGCCAAUACAUGACGUGGAGUGAGGUAAAGCAAUCUCCUGGUAUCAUUCCUGCACGUUCAGCUUUGAAUCAACUACAUAUCUGGCUAGCAGAACAAAAUUUCACACAGAUUUACGUUGAUCAGCGAACACCUGACAUUGUAGCAAUCACGCGUCACAAUCCAGUGAAUCAUGAAAAAGUUAUUAUGCUUGCAUACACAGCAUUUAAGAAUAAUGCCAUUUGUCACGACUGUCCUGCAGUCGAAGAUCUCCAGUUUACUGGUGUGUUAGAUGAAAUUAUUCUCGAGAUCGAAUUUCAUUACAGUGCUGUAGAAAAAAAAGCAAAUGAUGAAAAAAUUGCUGGUGUAAAUGGAGCUAAGGUUAAAGUUCGAGAGCAUUUGAAAAGUAAUGAUUCCAUGUUAGCAGACAUUGAACAAUAUGAGAUUAGUGGCAAACUUCAUCUCAAACACUUUCCGUCUGGAUCGGUUAUUGUAAUCAAAGUAUCACCUAUCAAGAAAGCAACAGAAUCAAUAAAGCUGAUCCGUGAUUAUUUGUCAGGAAAUAAUGAUUUUGUACAAAAAGUUUUCGUAAAUGCACUGAAACAGUUAACUUUACAAUCGUACAAUAUGUUACUUUUCCGUUGUGCUGGGGAAGACGAAGAUGACUACAACUCUGGUGCAUAUCAUAUUCCUAAUUGGAAAGUGUUGAAUUAUUGUGGAUUACAAGGAUUAAUGCCGUAUUUGAAUGAUAUUCGAUCACAUAAUGAUCUCAGUCAUCCCAUCUGCCAAAAUCUACGUGAUGGAUUAUGGCUUUCUGAUUAUAUACAUAAAAGGCUUGAAAAACGUGGUGCAUCGCUGAGCGAAAUAGCUUCUAUAGUUCGAACUUUGUUUUUACCUCUUCAAGACGUUCCAUAUGAUUUAAGGCCUUGUUAUUUUGAAGCAUUAUUUUCAUUAAUUUACGAAACAACACUGCAAGAAUUAAUGAAGAAAUUGGCUCCAUCACUUGAAACAUCAUCAACAUAUAUACAGGCUCUGGCACUUUCAUCAGUAUCUUUUCUUGGAACUGUAAAAAGUGCAAAAUUAUCGUUACUUCCUGAAAAUUAUGAACUUGAAGAUGAAUUUCCUUCAUCAUUAUCUGCUGGCUUGCCCCACUUUGCCACAGGAAUUUGGAGAAAUUGGGGACGUGAUACAUUUAUUUCGCUGCCAGGAUGUUGUCUGAUCACUGGUAGAUUUCGAGAUGCUAAAAAUUUGAUCCUAUCGUUUGGUGGUGCACUGAGACAUGGUUUGAUUCCAAAUUUACUGGAUGGCGGACAUGGAGCCCGUUACAAUGCUCGUGAUGCCGUUUGGUUUUGGUUGUAUUCAAUAGUCAAGUACAUUGAAAUGGCUCCAGAAGGUGCUGAGAUUCUCAAGUGCAAAGUACUUCGCAUAUUUUCUCAAGAUGAUACAAUUUAUGGGCAUAACCUCACUGAGCAAAUACUUGCUGAUACAAUGCAAGAAGUACUUGAGAAACACUUUAAUGGAAUUGAAUUUGUAGAACGGAAUGCAGGUCUCAACAUUGAUAAACACAUGCAAGAACCAGGCAAUAUACUUCCAGGUUUUCAUGUUAAAGCGUAUGUUGAUCACAAAACGGGUUUUAUAUUUGGUGGUAAUGAAUAUAAUUGCGGCACUUGGAUGGACAAGAUGGGUAGUUCCCAGAAAACAGGUAAUAAAGGUUGGCCUGCAACACCUCGAGAUGGAGCAGCAGUGGAACUUCAAGGCCUUUGCUAUGCUAUAGUACAGAAAUUAGGACAGCUGCAUUCGGAAAAUAAUUAUCCAUUUGAGGGUGUGCACACAUAUGGUAAGCAGUGCUUUUGUACAAAUGGAGAAAAAAUGUGGAAGUGGCAAGAAUGGGCUGAUAUGAUGAAAGACAACUUUGAGCACUUCUUUUAUGUGGAGGAGAACGAUUCCUCAGAAUAUGUAAACCAACGUGGUAUAAUUAAGGAUACAUAUGGUUCCACACAAGCUUAUGCUGACUAUCAACUGAGGCCAAAUUUUCCGAUUGCAUUAACCGUGGCGCCAAGGCUUUUAGCAUCAGAUAAAGCAUGGCGUGCGCUGGAAGUUGCAGAGAAACAUUUACUUGGUCCACUGGGCAUCAAAACACUUGAUCCAAGCGACUAUAAUUACUGUCCAUUCUAUGACCAAGAUAAUGACAGUAUGGACAAGAAAAUAGCUGAGGGUUGGAGCUAUCAUCAAGGACCGGAAUGGCUAUGGGUAGCAAUGUUUUUCUACCGAGCAAAGCUCUCUGUUGCAAAAACGAUCAGUGAAGAUAAAAACGAUGGAACAUUUUAUGAGAAAGCUCGAAUAUUUGUUCGAUCAAGAAUGGGCGCAUACUGGAAUUACCUUAAGUCAUCAACCUGGGCAUCACUCCCUGAGCUUACUAACGAAAAUGGUGACACUUGUUAUCAUUCAUGUGGUGCGCAAGCUUGGAGUAUUGGAUGCUUACUAGAGACCGUCAAUGAAUUGUAUCAGUUGUAA